AUGGAGUCUCUCGGCGUGUAUGUCCUGACCUUCAACUGCGCCCGAAACGUCAUCCAGCCGGAGGUUUUCGCGCCCCAUAUCUUCGACGCCCUCAAGUCGGCUUCGUCCAUCAGCCCUGCGCGAACGAAGGCACCUGAGAUCCUGGCCGUCGCCCUCCAGGAAGUUGCGCCAAUUGCGUAUGCAUUUCUCGGAGGCUCGUAUUUGGAUCCUUACUACGAUGCUCUCCAGCGUGCAGUAGACUUGGGCGCGUCGGCCUUGGUUUCCGAUCAUCGGGCGCAGGAUGCGCAGUAUCAGCACAUGCUGACCAAGAAUAUUGGGAUGACUGCAUUGAUGGUGUUUGCCAGACGUGAUAUUGUGGAGAGGAUACGCUACAUACAGACAGCAGGGGUUGGAGUAGGGGUUCAAGAGGCGGGGAAUAAGGGUGCGGUUGGGGCGAGAAUCGGGUAUCUGGUUGAGCGUGACGGUAGGAACCAGAGGGACGAGGAGGAUGACGAUGGCGGUGUCAUGGAGGUAACUUUGGUUAGCGCCCAUCUAGCACCGGAUGAAAGCCAGUGGGAGCGGCGCAACGAGGACUGGAAGAGCAUUGCAGAACGGCUUGUUUUUGAGCCUCGACAGGCGCCCGAGACAGUAGCGGACGCCACUCUCUCACGGGAAGACGAAGAAGGCGUUCCGCUUCUCGGAGACACAUCCUCGCCACCACUGAAGAACUCGUCGGCGUUCUACUCCCCAAGAUCAUACCUCUUUGUCGCGGGCGACUUCAACUACCGCACUGCGGAUGGCCGUCCAACGCCGGAUGACUUCAAAAAUUUCCCACGGCCAACGGGCGAUACGGCGAAUAACAUCAGCCACUUCGCAGACUUGCUGGCACGCGACCAGCUAACGCGCGAGCGGCAGGCUGGAAAGACGUUUACCAACUUCGAAGAGUCCAAAAUCACCUUCGCGCCGUCAUAUAAGUACUCGGACGAGGCCCGCGGCCUCGCGUCGUCGGACCGCAACGGCCACUGGAAAUGGGCAGAGAACCGCUGGCCGAGCUGGUGCGACCGGAUCCUCUAUCUCAACCACCCGUCCGCGGGCGCGUCGGACGGCAUCGACGUCCACGGCUACACGUCGCUGCCUCUACUCUCGACGUCGGACCACCGCCCCGUCGCCCUGUCGGCGUCGAUUCCACUGCGUGUCUUACCCGAGUCCAGCACGUACCUGCCUCCCUUUGAGAUUGACCCAGACUGGGACAGCAGACGGGCAGCCGCGCGGAGAAAGGAGGUGAUCGUCGGCGCCGCCGCGUACCUGGGUCUCACCUGGGCGGGCAACGGGCUCUUAGCAGCGACGGUGCUGGGCGGCACGGCAGCGUAUUACGCUCUCCAGGCGUAUUAUGUCGCAAGUUGA